AGAGAGAGUGAAAGUGAGAGGGCAGGAAAAAGCAGAGAGAUAAUGGGAGAGUGGGAGGUGGCUGAAGAAGAGAAGGAGGUAUAGGAGAUGAAGAGUGGGGGGAAAAAAAUGACUUCACAGUCGAGAGUGGACGGCCCCCUUUUCCCCCUUCAGCCUCUCUCUUCUCUCGCUGUCAACUUUUUCCCUCCUCCUUCCUCUUUCUCUUCCACCUCCUCCUGUGUGUGUGUUUUUGAAAUGAUUUGGGGAGAAGAGAGGAAUGAGCAAUCGCAGCUGAGCUGACGGUGCAGGCAGGAGCGUCACACAAGCCAGAGGAGCCUGAGGCACUGGGACAGGCUGAGGAGACUUUAGGAGAGGGAUUUUAGAUCUGAUGUCCAGGACAGACAGUGGAGACAGACUUUAAUAAUAUAUUUACAUAUAGAAAUAUAGUGUCAUUUUAUAGCCAGGCAGAGAGGCAGAAAUCUGCUGUGUAUUCUUCACACUUUUUCAAAACUGGAUUAAACUUUUCUUUUUGUUAACAGAUGAAAAGAAGAGACUUUGAAUAAACAGAAGCAGCUUCUUCAUCCAACAAUGCUUCUGAGGAACUUUUCUCCAGACUGUUGGCAUGCCUCUGGACUCUGACGCAACAAUACGACAGACAUUUUCAUUCAUUUCCACUUAAGGAGCCUGACUGAUUUUUUUUGUCUUCCUAUAUAAGUUAACGUCCUCUAGUGCAGGUGUUGUGCUGACUCGGCAUGUUUUCUCAAAGGGACUCUAUAAAACCGUCAUGGACUUUUUGUAUUCUUCUAGUUUUCUGCUUCCUGGAUGUAUGGACCACAGCUUGGCCCGAUGUCCGACAGUCAGAACCUCAGACAAAGUCCCGCCGCUCCAGGCAAAUGUCUUCACUCACAUUGACCUCCACCUCCUCCAUAUCCUCCUCAUCAUCACCUGGCAACCUGUCGGAGAGUGCCGAGAACAAAGUGGCACGCCUAGGACAAGCUUUCAAGCGCAACCUCCGCGAGCUUCGUGAGAAAAGCGCCUGCCUUGACCUGGUUUUCCUGGUGGAUGAGUCUUCCAGCGUGGGGGCCACCAACUUCCUGAGUGAGCUCCGGUUCAUACGGAAGAUGCUGUCAGACUUCCCUGUAGCACCAGAGAACACCAGGGUGGCGGUAGUCACCUUCUCUUCCAAGACGCACGUGUUGACCAGGGUGGACCACAUCACCACGCCCAAGUCCCACCAUCACAAGUGUUCUCUGUUCAACAAGGAGAUCCCAGCCAUCAACUACAGAGGGGGGGGCACUUACACCAAAGGAGCCUUCCAGAGGGCAGCGCAAAUCCUGCGGAACUCCAGAUCCAACGCCACCAAGGUUAUUUUCCUGAUCACUGAUGGCUACUCCAACGGGGGAGACCCUCGGCCGGUGGCUGCAGCUUUGAGGGAUCGAGGUGUUGAGAUCUUCACUUUGGGCAUCUGGCAGGGAAACAUAAGGGAGCUCCACGACAUGGCAUCGCAACCCAAAGACCAGCACUGCUACCUGGUGCAUAACUUUGCAGAGUUUGAGGCUCUGGCACGUCAUGCUCUUCAUGAAGACCUCCCUACGGGGAGCUACAUACAGGAGGAUCUGUCCCGCUGCUCUUCUCUGUGUGAAUCUGGCAGAGACUGCUGCGACCUGAUGGCCAGCUGUAAGUGCGGCACACACACUGGCCAGUACGACUGCAUCUGUGAGAAGGGACACUACGGGAAAGGUCUGCAGCACGAGUGCACAGCGUGUCCACCUGGUACCUACAAACCAGAGGGAACACCAGGAGGUCUGAGCACCUGUUCACCAUGUCCUGACCCGAAGCACACUUCACAGCCUGGAAGCACUUCCCUCACUGACUGCAUCUGUAAGCCAGGCUACCAGCCAAUAGGCAUGACCUGCCAAGUGGUCCACUGUCCUCCAUUGUCUCCUCCAGAAAAUGGCUUCUUUAUCCAAAAUGUGUGCAACAACCACUUUGACGCUGCCUGCGGUGUAAGGUGUCAUCCAGGUUUUGACCUCCAGGGCACCAACAUCAGACUGUGUCAGGCUGAUGGAACCUGGUCGGGGACUCCCCCCAGCUGUAGAGUACGGUCCUGUCCGCCGCUGUCCCGACCACAGCAUGGUUUCCUGCGGUGCAGUGACGGUGGUGUUUCGUUCAAAGCAGAGUGUCAGGUUGGCUGUGAGAGAGGCUAUCGGCUGGAGGGAGAAUCCAGACUCACCUGUCAAGCCAACUCCCAGUGGAGUGGACCCCUACCUCGGUGUGUGGAGGUGCGUUGUCCACCCAUCACGGCUCAGAAGAACAUACUGCUGUCGCCCCCUGUCUGUGGAAGGAGGCAGGUGUCAAUGGGCUCCGUCUGUCUGCUCAACUGCCGGCAAGGUUACGUCCUCCAGGGAAACAGGAAGGCUGUGUGCAUGGGCUCUGGGAACUGGACGGCCAACGUCCACAAAGCUGUGUGCACAGAUGUUGAACGACCACAGAUCCAGUGUCCUGCUGACAUUGUCGCAGAAACAGAUGAGCGGCGUGGAACCGCAGUCAUCAGCUGGAACGUCCCUAACGCCACUGACAACUCAAAAGAGGAGGUUGCAGUGCAAGUGAAGCCAGUAUAUGUUCCUCCACAGUUGUUACCCAUUGGAAUGGAGACAGUUACCUACUUUGCGACCGACCGUUCUGGAAACCAGGCCAACUGCUCCUUUACAGUCACAGUUAUUGAUACGGAGCCCCCAGUGAUUGACAGGUGCAGGUCCCCACCCACAGUCCAAGCCACAGACGUUGAGACAGCGGUCAAGUGGGAGGUGCCGCAGUUUUCCGACAACUCAGGUGGACGCCUCACGGUGGCCAGUAGCCAUUCUCCAGGAUCUCUGUUUCCAGUAGGAGAGACUGUUGUCCAGUACACAGCUACUGAUGCUGCAGGGAACAGUCGCGUCUGCAACGUCACCAUCACUGUACAAGGAACCACGUGUGACCAACCCUACGUCCCAGUGAAUGGAGAAUUUGUUUGCUCUGAAGAAGAUGAGGGUGUUAACUGUACCCUCCACUGUAAAGACGGAUACAGCUUCACUCAGGACGCCGUGCACAGUUACUUCUGCCCGUACAACGGCAUUUGGGAGCCACCGUACUCCCCAGAGAGACCCGACUGUUCCUUGAACCGAAUCGCUAACAACGGAUUCAAGCCCUUUGAGAUGCUGUUCAAAGCAUCAAGGUGUGAAGACCUGGACCUGGUCAAGAAGUUCACGGGAGAGUUCAACACUAAACUUGGAGGAAUGCUUCCCAACAUCUGCAGUGGUGAUGAAGUCACCUGUAAGCUGGAGGUGAUGUCACAGGGUCACUGUCUGGAGUACAACUAUGACUAUGAGAAUGGCUUUUCCAUCACACCAGGAGGUUGGGGGAACAACUGGAGUCCUCAGGGCUCUCAGGACUACGCCUACUUUGACUCAGGCUUUGCCACAGGUACGAGGCAGCUCGCCAACAGGCAGCAGGACGGCAGUGUGAAGUCACACCAUCGCACUAAGAGGCACCGAAGAAUCAGAGGGCCAACCAGAGACCAGAAGAUCCAGAUCUAUUUCAACAUCACAGCAAGCAUCCCUCUGCCCCUGUCGAGGAACGAUUCAGUGGAGGUGGCCAAUCAGAAGAGGCUGAUGCGGACCCUGGAGCAGCUGACCAACCGACUGAAGCGAACUCUGGCCAAGCAGCCACUGUCCAGUUUCCACGUGUCCUCUCAGAUGAUUGUGGCAGAUCCUAAAUCCCUGGAGAGCAGGAAGGCGUCUCUGUUCUGCAGGCCUGGCUCAGUGCUCAAAGGCAGGAUGUGUGUCCAAUGUCCAGUGGGAACUUACUUUUCUCUGGAGUACAAUGAGUGUGAGAGCUGCUGGCUGGGCUCCUACCAGGACCAGGAGGGUCAGCUGGAGUGUAAGUCCUGCCCUGAAGGAACCUCCACAGCCUACCUACACUCUCGGAGUGUGGGGGAAUGUAAAGGACAGUGUAAACCUGGGAGUCAUUCUCUGAAUGGACUGGAGAUCUGUGAGUCAUGUCCGCUGGGACACUUUCAGCCGGCCUUCGGUGCCAGAGAAUGUCUGGUGUGUCCUGAUGAGACGUCCACCGUCACCAGGGGAGCUGUGGGUGAAGCCGAGUGUGGAGUUCCCUGCUCAGCAGGUCACUUCUCACGCACUGGUCUGGUGCCCUGUUACCCCUGCCCCAGAGACUAUUACCAGCCCGACCAUGGCCGCUCUUACUGCCUGGCCUGUCCCUUUUAUGGAACCACCACUGUGACUGGAGCGACCACCAUCCAGCACUGCUCCAGCUUCAGCUCCAGUUUCCUUCCAAAGGAGGAGAGUGUGACUGCAGCUCCAGAGAUGAAGGUCAGAGAGGAGUAUGAGGCGAGCAGUCAGGUUUUCACUCUGUGUGUUUGGGUUUUCCACGAGUGUUUCCUGAAUCCUUGUCAGAACAAGGGAACAUGUGAGGAGGUUGGAGCUGGAUACAUCUGCACUUGUAUGCCUGGGUUCACAGGUGCCAAGUGUGAGGUUGACAUAGACGAGUGUGACUCUGCUCCCUGUCAGAACGGAGGCCUGUGCAGAGACGGGAUGGGAAACUUCCAGUGUCAGUGCAAGAUGGGAUUUUUAGGUGAACUCUGUGAAGCUGAGGUGAAUGAGUGUUCUUCCUCCCCCUGUCUGAAUGAAGGGGUUUGUGUGGACGAGGUCAACAAGUUUGCCUGCAGUUGUGUGGGAGGCUUCACAGGAUCUCGAUGUGAACUGGAGAUAAAUGAAUGUCUUUCCAACCCUUGUAUCAAUGGUGGCGUUUGUGAGGAUCAGACAGGUGGUUACAUCUGUAACUGUGCUGCUGGAUUCUCUGGAGAGAACUGUGAGGUGGACAUUGACGAGUGCUACAGCGCCCCCUGUAUGAAUGGAGGCUCGUGCCUGGAUGCGGUCAAUAACUUUAGGUGUCAGUGUGUGGAGGGCUACAGAGGUCGUGUGUGUGAGGUGGACGUGGAUGAGUGUGUUCCCAACCCUUGUGUAAAUGGAGCCAGCUGCCUGGAUGGCCUGAGCUCCUUCACCUGCCGCUGCCUUCCUGGGUUCAACGGAACCAGGUGUGAGACAGAGAUGUCGUCUGCUUUCAACCUGGACUUUGAGGUUUCAGGCAUCCACGGCUACGUGAUGAUGGACGCUGUGAUGCCGGCUUUGAUGGAGAUCACCUGCACCUUUUGGAUGAAGUCUUCAGACACCACCAACUACGGCACACCUGUCUCCUAUGCUGUGGAGGGCAGCGACAACGCCUUUCUACUCAUAGACUACAAUGGCUGGGUCCUGUAUGUGAAUGGAAAAGAGCGGAUCACAGACUGUCCUGCUGUGAACACGGGUCACUGGUACCACAUCGGUGUGUCUUGGAGGAGCUGGGAUGGAGACUGGAGGAUCUACAUCAACGGGAGGCCCUCAGAUGGAGGCAAAGGCCUGUCAGUGGGCACCACCAUCCCAGGUGGUGGGGCACUGGUUCUGGGUCAGGACCAAGACCAAAGGGGCGAGGGCUUCAACCCUGUUGAGUCCUUUGUGGGAUCCAUCAGUCAACUCAACAUCUGGGAUCGUGUUCUGACACAACAGCAGAUCAAGGUCUUGGCCAGCAGUUGUCCAGCGUCUCACGUGACCCACAGAGGAAAUGUCCUGGCUUGGCCAGACUUCCUAAAUGGCGUGGUUGGCCGAGUCAAAGUGAAUCUCAACAGCAUAUUUUGUGCUGACUGCCCCAAGAUUGAGAACGCAGCUCCUCAUCUUCAUGUCUCCUCCGUUGAGGUGAGCCCCGGAGCUCAGGUCCAGCUGUCCUGUGAUCCCGGUUUCUACCUGGUGGGGGAGCCUUUGCUACAGUGCCAGAACAAAGGAGAGUGGAGCCACCCUCUGCCCAGCUGUGAAAGGGUCUCCUGUGGACGUCCUCAUCCUCUAGAGAAUGGUGUGAUCGAGGGAACAGGUUACAAUGCUGGCAACUCUGUGGUCUAUCAGUGUAACAUAGGUUUCUACCUGCUGGGAGAUGCCAAGGUUCACUGCACCAACAGUGGCAAGUGGGGAGGAAACCAACCAUCCUGUCUGGAUGUGGAUGAGUGUGCUCUCGGGUCUGACUGUGACGACCACGCCAGCUGUCAGAACACAGAAGGUUCUUACACCUGCUCCUGUAUUCCCCCAUACACUGGGGACGGCAAAAAUUGCACAGAUCCAGUGAGGUGUGAAAACCCUGGGUCUCCGGAGUUUGGUCGAAGGAGUGGAGGAAACUUCCUGGUGGGCGGUGAGGUAUUGUUCAGCUGCGAUGACGGCUACGAGCUGGUCGGGUCAUCUCGACUCCACUGUCUGGAAACAGGAAACUGGGAUGAUCAGCUCCCAUACUGCAGAGCCCUCUCCUGCCCAACACCAAUCGUUCCAGAAAACUCCAUCAUGAAGGGUGACAACUUCACCUAUGGAAGCAAGGUGAUUUUCAGCUGUACGGAUGGCUUCUUGCCUCAAAUCCCAUAUGAGUUUAAGUGUCUGAAGAAUCAGAGGUGGAGUGGGACGCCACCUAUAUGUCAACCACUGACCUGUGGGAGUCCUCCAACUAUUGAGAAUGCUGUCUACCAUAUGGGCACCAACACCUACCAGUCCACGGUCAGGUACACCUGCUCUGAGGGAUACAGACCACAGGGCUCCAUGGAAGUGGUGUGUGAGGUGACAGGAGAGUGGAGCAGACCCUUGUCCCGCUGUGUAAACGUCCUGUGUGCUGAACCUCCGGCUCUGCAAAACGCUGUGAUUGUAGGAGAAAAUUAUGAGCUGGGCAACAAGGUGCACUAUGUCUGCAAAGAAGGCUACACUCUGAUUGGUCCAGAAACCAGGGAAUGUUUACAAAAUGGUGAAUGGAGUGAAACCUCUGCCCAGUGCCUCGCCCGCUCCUGUGGCCCCGCUCCUGCCAUUGACCAUGCCCAACCCCACGAGGGCCACCAGCUGUUUGGAGACACUGCCAACUACUUCUGCACCGACGGAUACACGUCCAGCAACAAUUCGAUGUUGGUGUGCAAUGCUGAGGGUGUCUGGGCUCCACCUGACAACAUGGAGGUACCGCGCUGCAUCGCCAACUUCUGCGUACGACCUCCAGAGCUUCCCCAUGCAAUCUUGGACUCUGUCAACAAACCUAAAUAUGCCACGAACUCUGAGGUGAGCUAUAAAUGUGAAGAGGGCUUUACGCUCAACACCACAGCCACCCUGAGGUGCAUGAUGGGAGGAGAGUGGGAGCCGUCACCGUACGACGUUGGCUGUGUGCCAGUGAGGUGCUCCAAGCCUCAGAGCAUCGACAGAGGCUACAUCAGUGGGACCAACUACAGCUUUGGAGCCGUGGUGGCGUACAGCUGCUAUGCUGGCUUCAUGAUUCGAGGAGAGAAGAGGAGGACCUGCAAGGCCAAUGGAGAGUGGGGAGGUGUGCUCCCUAUCUGUGCACCUGUGUCCUGCUCUACACCUCCUCAACUUAAGAAUGGACAGAUAAACGUUCGACAGGUCACCUUCAACAGCAAAGUGAUCUACACCUGUAAUCCAGGCUACAGACUGGUCGGCCGUCCAGAUCGGAUCUGCCAAGCCAACCGUCAGUGGUCAAACAACGACCCACCAACCUGCAUUCUUCUGACCUGUGACCCUCCUCCCAGCAUCGCCCAUGGACACUACAGAGGCUCGGACUUCCAGGUGGGCCAGAAGGUGGAAUAUAUUUGCAAUGAGGGCUACAAGCUGGUCGGUGACAGGAUCUGGACCUGUCUGAAGUCCGGACGGUGGGAUAAGACCAGGCUCCCACGCUGCUCCCCAGUGCAGUGUCCAGAACCGCCACUAGAGGAGAAUCACCUUGUUUUAAAGGGCCAGGACUCUGAGUCCAGAACAGUGGAGUUGUCCUGUGAGGACGGCUACGUCCUGGAAGGUGCUCAUAUCCUCCGCUGCAUGCCGUCCCAGGAGUGGAACGACACCUUCCCAGUGUGUAAGCAGGUGUUCUGUGGUUCACUCCCUGAAGUGUCUUUUGGUGGAGCUUCUUCUUCUGCUCCUCCAUUCCCCUUUGGCUCAGUGGUGAACUACACAUGUAUGGAUGGUUUCUCUUUAAGACAUGAGGCCUCUGUGUCCUGUCUGGCCAGUGGGCAGUGGAGUGCUCCACACCCAGAGUGCAUUCCUGUGGAGUGCCCACAGCCUCUGGAGAUUUCUAAUGGUAUUGUUGAUGUCCAGGGUCUGAUGUACCUCAGUAGAGCACAGUACAGCUGCAGGAGUGGAUAUAAUUUAGUUGGAAAUGCUACUGUCCUCUGUGGAGAAAAGGGACUCUGGAUUGGUGGAGUCCCUUCUUGCCGGCCAAUUGAAUGCUCCAUCCCCAAACAGAUACCAAGUGGAAAGGUAGUUUACACAAAACUCCAGUUUGGUCACCAUGCCACUUACUCCUGCAGGAGAGGUUACCACCUCCAUGGACCAGAGACUCUAGAGUGCCUUGCCAGUGGUGACUGGGACUCUGAACCACCCACUUGUGUCCAGAUGUCUUGCACAGCACCUCAGCCCAUUGAGAACGGUUUCGUUGAGGGUCAGGAUCACAGCUUUGGUGUCACUAUUUUCUACAGCUGCUUUCCUGGAUUCCAGCUCGUAGGUCAGGAACACCUGACUUGUGAGGAAUCUGGCUGGUCCAGUCCUGUUCCUGUGUGUGUUCUUUCAGACUGCGGCCUGCCUCCUCACAUUGACUUUGGAGACUAUGUUAGGGUGGAGGACACCACUAAGGACACUGAUCUCAACCCUGACUUAAGCUUCCUUCAUGGGACACUGAUUGAAUACCGAUGUCACAAAGGUUAUGACCUGACACACCCUACACAGUUGGUGUGUCAGGAAGAUGGAGGUUGGAAUGGAACAGCCCCCCACUGUGUUCCUGCAGAGUGUGAAACACCACCCAGUCUAGAGCAUGGCUGGAUCAAUGUGACCGACACCACUCUGGGGAGUAUGGUCACAUACACCUGUGAGGCCGGGUAUGAGCUGAAGGGUGAGUCGGUGAGGCAGUGUGUGUCGGGACGAAUGUGGACUAACGAUGCCCCUGUUUGUCGGCCCAUCUCCUGUGGAGACCCCGGACCUGUCACAAACAGCACCACUCCUGGAGGAGCCUUUGUGUAUCCUGAGGUUCUGCAUUACGAGUGUCGUCCAGGGUUUGUCCUCAGGGGAAGCAGCACUAUUAAAUGUCAAGCUGAUGGAAAAUGGAACAGAGAAAAACCUUUUUGUGAGCCAGUCUCUUGUGGUCGGCCCAAAGUCCCCAGGGAUGUGACUUUUAGAGGAGAUGAGUACACAUAUAAUAAUAAAGUAGAGCUGGCCUGUCAGCCUGGUUUUCAUUUACAGGGGAAAUCGAUCAGUUUAUGCCAGGCUGACGGCACCUGGAGCCAGGACUCUCCCUCCUGCGUCCCAGCUCGAUGUGAAAAACCUGCCCUAAUACCCAACGGACGAGUGCAGGGAUCAGAGUUUGGCUUCAACAGUGAGUUAAAGUACCACUGUGAUGAAGGAUACGUACUGAACGGAGACUCCACCCGUGUCUGUCAGUCAGACGGACUUUGGGACAAACCUACACCUCGCUGUGACAUCAUCACUUGUGAUCCACCAGAGGACAUCAGCCACGGCUACCUCAACGGCUCAAGCUUUAAUUACGACGAUGUCGUUGAGUACGUCUGCUUUGAUGGUUACGAGGUGGUUGGAGAUCCAAUGCUGCGAUGCUCAGCUGAUGGCCUCUGGCUGGGUGCCGUGCCACAGUGUCGGCCCUGCGCCUGCCCGCUCCCUGUGUUGAAAUUUGGGGUGGUUCUGGGCCGGGAACGUGCCUGUGGAGACAAAGUGCAUUUUCAGUGUGAUGAAGGUUAUAAGCUGCUGGGCCCCCCGCAGGCGGUGUGUGAGAAAGGAGGGGUGUGGAGUCCAGGGGUGCCUGUUUGUGGCCGAGGAAGGUGUAGUGUCGCCCCGCCUGCAGUUCCCAACGCUGUCCUGCAGGGCGGCAGUACCACUUUCUCAGACACAGUGAUAUACAGGUGUCGGCCAGGCUUCCAGGGUAAGGGAUACCCACACCUCUCCUGUGGAAGGGAUGGCAGGUGGGGGGAACCCAGGAUCAGCUGUGAGCCCAUCAGCUGUGGAAAACCUCCACCUGUAGCCCACGCUCAGGUGGUGGGAGACAACUUCACCUUCCCAAACCAAAUCACAUACAGGUGUGAUGAUGGCUAUGAACUAGCCUCACUGACGGCUUCACUAUCCUGCCAGAGUGACGGCUCAUGGUCCACACAGAGCAUCAAAUGCCGUCCCAACCCCUGCCCACUGCCCACGAACUUCACCAUCCCACAUCUGAUUAUCACUGGCAAAGAUCUCACGCCUGUGGGAGGCACCAUCGCCCUCUCCUGCCCUCCUGGGCUCUACCUGCAGGGGUCAGCACUGGCUGAAUGUCAGCUGGGUGGAGGCUGGACUCCAAGUCUCCAGACUGUUUCCUGUGAACUGGUGUUCUGUGGAAACCCCCCUCCUCUUCUUAACGGAGUCACUGAGGGAGACAGUUACAACUACGGGGACUUUGUCAUGUACUCCUGUCUGCCUGGCUUUUACCUGAAGGGAGACUCAGUCCAGACCUGUCAGGGAGACAGAACAUGGAGUGGCACCCAGCCACUGUGUGUAGUCCAGUCCUGUGGACCUCCACCCAUUGUAGAGAAUGCCGACGUACAAAUUAGACAAGAGUCAAACAAUGCCACAUACAUGUGUAAUGACGGGCUGCAGCUGGUCGGCCCCAAGACACUUACCUGUCUCCCUAACGGCACCUGGAGCCUUCCAGCUCCAACAUGUAAAGCUAGAGGCUGUGUAAGCCCCAAACAGAUACUCAAUGGCAAAGUGCAGGAGCACAACUUGAACACUGGGCGUGCUGUAGAGUUUGAGUGUGAUAAAGGCUACAGACUGGUGGGAGAUCCUUUGGUGGUGUGUAUGGGAGGAAACACCUGGAGCUCCACCUUCCCCACCUGUCAACCCAAGUCCUGUCCAGCACCACCAGGCUGGAGGGAGGACAGUGAUGGUGACAGACCGCAGAAGGAGUUCCAUGUGGGGCAGUCUGUCCGUGUCACCUGCCCCAAAGGUCAACAGGUGAAAGGCAGCGGGACCAUCGCCUGCAGACCAGACCAGAGCUGGAGUCCCAUCAGUUCUGUGUGUGAAAGGGUGUCCUGCGGCCCCCCCCUCCAUGUGACCAAUGGGGUGGUGCGGGGGGCGGUGUUCCAGUUCGGGGAUGUGGCAGCGUACUCGUGUUUUGCCGGCUACACCAUGGAGGGCGUUGGGAGGAGCAGGUGUCUGGAGAACGGCACCUGGACGCCGCCUCCUGCGUGCAGAGCUGUAUGUUGGCUGCAGUGUCAGAACGGUGGUGUCUGUCAGCGACCCAACAUCUGUUCCUGUCCAGAGGGUUGGAUGGGCCGACUUUGUGAGGAGCCCAUCUGUAUCCUGCCCUGUCUGAACGGCGGCCGCUGCGUGGCCCCCUACCAGUGUCAGUGUCCCAGUGGGUGGACGGGCACACGCUGUCACAGUGCUGUGUGUUCAUCUCCGUGUCUCAACGGAGGCAGAUGCAUCCGACCAAACAGGUGUCACUGCAGUUCAGGAUGGAGCGGACACGACUGCUCCAGGAAAAGAAGAUCAGGAUAUUAUCACUUCUAGUCCUCCACGCAGCUCCAUGUGAAUGGUUCAGGGUAGGGAACUCUUCUUGUAUAUUUCAAUGACACAUCUGUGUUUCUCAUCUCUGCAAAAAGUACCACAGAACAAAAGGGAAAACAAGCAUUUUCUGUAAAAUAAAGCUGUAUUUUUUCAUAUAGAGACUCCACAGUAUUAAACAUAUGCUGCUAUAGAAACGUGUACGAUGUGUAGAAACUGUUGAUGCCAUUUGUCUGAUGUAUAUGUGUAAACUAUUCUCACAUUUUUAUUAAAGCAUAAAAUACCAUGAAUAAACACUA